UGUGGGUCUGUCAGAAGCUUGAUUUUCCAGUUUGAUGAAUUGAGAUAGCAAACUGGGCUGGCAUUUACUGUAACUGCAGUCAAGCUCAUUCCAUCUCUAUGCCAGUAAAACAACACUGAAUGCACAAUGCAGUUUGAUCGUGUGAUACGCCUGGCAUUGUUGUUGCCCAUUUUGUUUGAAACAGUUCAUGGACAUUAUGGAUUCAUCCAAGUUCUCUGCCGUGAACUUGGUUCUCUACAAAAUGUUGAGUUUAUCUACUCAAUCAAUUAUGACACAAAAGAACUGCUGAGAUUCAACAGUACUGAGAAUAAAGUUGUUGCUUACACUGAAUAUGCAAUGAAAUGGGCAGAUGACUUUAAUAAAAAACCUGAGUGGCUACACAUGGAGGCUGAAAAAACUAUUGCCGACUGCAAGCGAUUUGGGCAGCUAUACCUCCCUGACGUAGAAAAAACAGUAAAACCAGAAGUCACAAUCCGAUCAGUAAGACAAGCCAGUGGUAACAAACCAGCCGUGUUGAUCUGCAGUGCCUAUGACUUCUACCCUAAACCCAUCAAAUUGACGUGGUUAAGAGAUGAUAAAGAGGUGACAACUGAUGUGACAUCUACUGAGGAGCUGGCUGAUGGAGACUGGUACUACCAGAUCCACUCCCACUUGGAAUACUUCCCUAAACCUGGAGAGAAAGUCUCCUGUGUGGUGGAGCACGCCAGCUCCCAUAAACCCAUGAUCUAUGACUUGGAUUCAUCGCUUUCAGAGUCUCACAGGAAUAAGCUCAUAACUGGUGCUGCAGGGGUGGUGUUGGGGGUGAUUAUGGCAGCUGGAGGACUGAUCUACUAUAAAAGAAAACACACAGCACUCAUCAUAUCAGCUGGAAGUCAAUGCUCUGAACCUCUGCAGACAAUCAGAAAUGCUGAAGAGCAGUAGAUGAACAUUGUGUAAUUCACUGUGUAUCAGCAUAUGAAAGACGGACACCCUCCAUAAGAUCUUCAGAGACAAAAGGAUUGCCAAAAAAAAAAA